CGUGUAGGUUGCAAGCCAUGUGAGUCGCAAGCGAAACACGUCACUUAUUCGCGCACCAUUUCUUUGAUUGUUUGUAUCACCGCAUUAAAAUAUUGCACAUCAACAAGAGCCCACUGAGGUGAUACACGAAUUCAGGUCCUCUGCUGCAAUUGCUGUGCCCUGACUUUCCAUCAGGGUCUGCUGUUUGUGCAAGAGGACGUACACUUGUACAGAAGCUGCACAACCAGCUUCACCGGCCCCCUUUAGGCUCAACCCCUGCGCUAUGAGCAGAGGUAGAGGAGGGCCUUACAAAGAACACUACCACAGACAUCCGCCACCCGAUUUCCAGGCCAAAGAGAAUUACUACAGACCUCGCCCCGCCUCACUCUACCCUAGAGCUGGCCCACAGCAGAGCCCAUAUGCAAGUUACUACAACAGCCCUGGUCGUCCUGUAGUGCCCAUACAGCUCCCCCCAGCUCAUUCUAUCACCCCCUCUGCUCCACCCAUACCAAAGCAAAAUAAAGUGGCUUCUAAACCAGAGGCCCUUUACGGUUUGCAUAAUCAGAAUCACGGUCCUUAUCCUGGUCCUAAUUCCUUUCAGUACCAACAGGUCGAGUUCCUGAGAGGACAUCGCUCUGAGGCACCACAGUUCUUAGCCAGUUUACGUGGAGUGGGAGUGGUACCCGACAGGCAGGCUAGUUCCUCAUCCCAGCCCCAGUCAGGGUACAGUAGAUAUCCAUACCCUGACAGCAGCCCAAGGGGUAGAGGGGGUCAUAGUCAAGAUCAGAGUUUUGUAUACCCAGGAGCCACACAAGGCACGCCAGGUCCUCGACACCUAAAUCACAACCAGUUACAAGGUACAAACCACAGCUCCAACAGACAAUGGCGCGUGCACACAGACUCUGUGUGUGACAAAUUCCGGAGUUUAUCCCUUCAUCAAAACAGGCCCAACAGAGUAGGAGAAAGGUUUGGCAGGCAUUCUGCAUCCAGCAGCUCUGCAAAUUCAAGCUUUACUAAAGGUAACAUCACUUUCACUUCUGACAUCCAGGACCAGGUUCACAAGGCUUUGGCUGCUUUGAAACCAAGUGAGAGUAUCUCUGCAAAAUUCUUAGCCAAAAAACUGCGUCUGCCCAAAACAAUAGUCAACAAGGCUCUCUACUCUUUGGAGCGCUCCCAGAAAGCCUCCAAGCAAGGACUCCACCCUCCCGAGUGGAGUCUUUACAGAGAACCUCUCGGAGGCGAGGAAGAUCAAAACUCUAAAGUAAAAAUUUCACCUUCCCAUCUGUGUGUCAGCUCAGGACACCCUCCAGUUCCUGAAGCCAAGGUUGAGCUAAAAACAGAAACAGCAGAAAGCAGGGGACAAGGCAAAGAAGAGGACUCUGACACAGAAUCCAGUUCAUCUUACUGCUCCUCUUCAGAGUCAUCUGACUCUGAAGAAUCCCAAUCACCAGCAAAAGGUCAGCACCAGGAGCCGCGACAUCCCAGCACUACCAGCUCCCCUGAUCCAGAACUUGCACUUCCCACAAUGGCGGAACAAAAGGAGCUAGUUCUGCAGUACCUCCUGGCAUCGGGGAUGGCAACGUCUCUUGUAAUAGCCAAGAAUCUGGGUCUUAGGAGUGCAAAGCAGGUUAAUCCCACCCUCUACUCGCUGGAGAAGCAAGGUGAAGUAGUUAAGAAUAGUGCAGUUAACCCCCCCACCUGGGAACUCUCCACCCACCGCAGAGAGAGGAUGGAAAGGAGCAUUAAAGCCGCAAAGAGCAACCGUGUUGAGGGGAAUUGGAUAAAGGAGGAACCCAGAGAUGAGAAGGGAGGAGGGUCUGUCUUUCUGCCAUCACCUCCAAUACCACCAAUACCAGGCCUUGAGCCACUGCCACUCCCAGAGGGUUGGAUGCCAGAGCAAAGUCAUAGUGAAGCGUCCCAAUCCUCCCUCCUGCCCACCUUCCUUACCUCAUGCAAAGAUGAAGAGACCAACGAAGGACAGUGGGCUACUGACGAUAUCCCAGAAUUCCUCAACGCCAUUCGCAAAGAGACAGAUGCUGGGAAACUGGCAUCAGAGAAGGCGAACUCUGUGGGAACUAUAGCUGUGUCGUUGGCUGCUCCACCUCCCCAGAACCUGUGGGCCAAAUUACAGGAGGUGAGGCUAAAGAACCCCGUCAGCGGCCUCAUGGAGUAUGCCCAGUAUCUGGGCCAAAACUGUGAGUUCCUGCUCCUCGACCAGUCUGGACCCUCUCAUGACCCAAGAUUUCGUAUGCAGGUAAUGCUCAACGGGAGGCUGUUUCCUGUCGCAGAAGCUUCUAGUAAGAAGGUUGCAAAAAAAGAUGCUGCUGCAGCCACCCUACGCAUUCUCAUUGCAGAAAUGCAGGGACGGUCGAGCACAGGGAACGAGGGUAAUACUGCCAGUGUGGACCAAGUGAUGGAUCUACUCCCAGACAACAGUGCACCCGGCUCACUGAAGGCAGGGGGGGAAUUUUUGGGACUGUGUGGGAAAGGGGUGGGGACGUGGGGGGACUCGCCAGCACUGUCCGUCUCUGCCCCGGGGAAAGAAUCCGGGGGUCUGUCCCAUGGAGUACAGCCAGCCAGCGUAAACCCAUUAAAUUAUCAUCCUGGGAGGGAGGGCCCCCCGCGACCCAAAAGGGAUGUGAUGGGGGUUUUGGGAUUGUCCCUCUCUUCCCCCUUGCGAGUGAUUUCGAAAACAACAAGGGAGGGGUUUGGGGACCUUUUUAACCACGAACAAAAACGCUGGUCGGGUUUUGGAAUACCUAAGUCGGGGCUUUUAGCGGAAAUCGAUGGUGGGCCAUCUGGGCCCCACGAGCCUAAGUUCACCUACCAGGCCAAGUUGGGCGGACGCUGGUUCCCGCCAGUGUGUGCAUCCAACAAGAAGCAGGGAAAACAGGAAGCAGCAGAUGCUGCUCUACGGGUUCUGAUUGGAGAGGCUGAGAGGGCAGCCCGCACUGGGGAGCUUAUCCCAGCUGAGCUUCCAGUGAGUGGCAGCACUUUGCAUGACCAGAUAGCAAUGUUGAGUCACCAGCGUUUCAACGCCCUGACCACACGUAUCCAGCACAGCCUUCUGGGACGCAAGAUUCUGGCCACCAUCGUCAUGAGGAGGGGGGAGGGCCUGGGGACUGUUGUCAGCCUGGGAACUGGAAAUCGCUGUGUUAAAGGGGAGGAACUGAGCCUUAAAGGGGACACAGUUAAUGAUUGCCACGCUGAAAUCAUCUCUAGAAGGGGAUUUGUUCGGUUUCUGUACAUUGAGCUGCUCAAGCACUAUGAUGGCACAGACGACAGUAUAUUUGAUCAAGCAGAGAAAGACAAACUGAAAAUCAAAUCUGACAUCACCUUUCACCUCUACAUCAGCACGGCACCUUGUGGGGAUGGUGCUCUAUUUGACAAGUCAUGCAGUGAGUCAGGGGACGAUGUCGAGGGCCAUCAGCCUCUGUUUGAGAAUGCUAAGCAGGGCAAGCUCCGCACCAAAGUAGAGAAUGGCGAGGGCACCAUCCCAGUGGAGUCAAGUGCUAUUGUCCCUACCUGGGACGGUAUCCAGCACGGUGAGAGACUGCGAACCAUGAGUUGCAGCGAUAAGAUUCUGCGCUGGAACGUGUUGGGUCUGCAGGGGGCACUGCUCUCCCAUUUCCUCCAUCCAGUCUACCUGAAGUCCAUCACGCUUGGCUAUCUGUACAGCCACGGGCACCUCACACGUGCUGUUUGCUGCCGGCUGGCCAGAGAUGGUGAAGCGUUCACCCAAAGUCUCCCUCCUCCUUUCAUGCUAAAUCACCCAGAGGUUGGCAGGGUGAGUGUGUACGACUCCACGCGGCACACAGGCAAGACAAAGGAGUCCAGUGUCAACUGGAGCUUUCCAGACCAGCACAGUGUAGAGGUGCUGGACGGGACCAAAGGCAAACUGGAUGGGAACAAACUGAGUGUGUCCAGGGUGUCCAAGUCCAACCUGUUCGGUUUGUUCCGCUCUCUAUGCCAGCGGUGUGGCCGCAUUGACCUGCUCAGCCUUCCCUCCUACUCUCAGGCUAAGAUGUCGGCCAUGUCCUUCCAGCUAGCCAAGCAGCAGUUCUUCCGAGCUCUCAGCAGCCACGGUUACGGCGCCUGGAUUGGCAAGCCGCUGGAAGAGAAGAGCUUUGAGUCAGGGGAGGGGAAAAAUGGAACAGGUGUCCCUGUGGGAUAUGGCAGCAGUAGAAACGGAGGAGCAAUGGAGUUCAAGCAAGAGGAAGCAUAAAAUGGUGCGGAUGUUCAUUACUAUUAUUAAAGGGAUAGUUUUCUUAUUUAAACCAGCUCUGUGUAAUCUGUGUGUGGGCAGUGUGUUCAGAUGAACACUGCAGUAACACAGAGCUGGAUUUAAAUCAGCAAAAUGUCUAUAUAUAUAUAUAUUAUAUAUAUAUAUAUAUAUAUAUAUAUAUAUUAUAUAUAUAUAUAUAUAUAUAUAUAUAUAUAUACGGAGGGAGAAAAGCACAAGGCAGAUUGAAAAGGUGGAUAAGGACAAUCAAGCAAUGCAUAGCCAGUAGCCAGAACUUUAUCAUCUGAUGGAACAUGGCUUCAGACAUUAAGUGACGGAAAGGGGCAGAAUAAAGCAGAGGAAGAGUGCAAGGGCAAAGCCUGAAGGAUGAAUGGUGUCACAUAGACCAACAGAGCUAUGGAGAGACCCACGGCGUGUACAGAUAAUGGAAACACAACAUGAAAAAGGAAUUUGAUUUGAAGUCAGUACAUCACCAUAGGAAACACUGCUACAACUCCGGGUUGUAUUAUCAUCGUUUUAUACCUGUGGGUUGGUUUUAAGUUGUAAUUUUAGUUUUUAUCUUGUCAUUGUAAUGUUAGGCCAUGUUGCCAUUUUUUCUUCCACUGUUCUACUUUAUAUUUAAUCUUAUUUUUGCCGGUUCUGUAACUAUUGCAGUUGCAUUUUGGACCCAGAUGAUUUGGCCUCUUUAGAAUGCGGUUUUGUUUUCUAAUUUUGCCUUGAGAGCUUAAGUAGCUGACGAGUGCUGCUUCAACCUAAUUUGACCCGUCAAUGCAACAGUGUUUGUAAUUGUGAUUGUGAUUACUUUAUUUUAUUUUAUUUUAUGUUAUGCUGGUAUAAGCAUGGGCUUUAAGAACAGCGAGCAGAAAUUAUGGGACGCUCUUAGCAGGAAUCUUGAUUUUUGGAAAAUUGCACUCAACCUAGAAAAAUGAUGAAAAUUGUAAAUUAGUCCCUGCUCAGCACAGUCCCAGCUUUCCCUUUUACAUUAGAAGAACAUCAAUGCCAACUUUUAGUCUGAUCAGUGGCUAACCAAAAAUUCACCGUUUGACAUUUGAGGCUUUAUCUCCUGAAGUAUUUGAUCAGGCCCCUUUCUGAGUAAAAUUUAAACUUACUGUACACCUGUCCAUCCUAACAUGUGCUACCAUGGUUUUCAUUAGCAUAGCAUAGGUCAGAGCAACCCUUUGGUCAGUCCUAUCAUUUCUCUGUGCUUUGGGGCUUUUAUAUAGAACUACUGAUGUCAUGACCUUCAAGAAGUACAAUAUUUCUGUUAUUGCUUGUGUGUUUUUGAGUAGGUCUCCUAUUUUCUUCGCUUCUGGCAAAAUAGUUCAUCAGUACCUGGCCAUGCUAGCAAGUCCUACACAGCCUUAACUGCCCUGCUUGCAAAUUCUUUGUUAUUUACAUCUAGAUAUGAAAAGGCUUUUAGGUUCUCUUGCAUGGCCAGUUUUUGAGGACUACCUAGUGAGGAGAGUUUUGUUGUCUAAGUGUGUAUUCUGUUCUUGAUUUGGUUAUAUGUAGAUGGCUGGUGCAAUAUAUACAUCAAGUAUAUACAAAUACAUGUACACGCAGAUGUUACAGUGGGGUCCAAAAGCCUGAGUACAGAUCCAGAAACUCAUUUAUCAACAUUUAUAACCAUGUUCAGUCAUAUAUUUUAUUGCUUGAAAUGUUGCCUACUGUUUUGUAUUAAUUGUAUUAUUAAUGGUUAAACAUUUUAAGAAUCCACAUUAUCCAAGCACACCUUUUAAGAGCACAUCAGAUGUUACCAUUUUUGUCUCUCACAGAUGUUUAUUGUGUUAAAGUCAGGUAACAACAGAGUGAAAGCCAUGCAAGUCAGCACUCCAUGAUACUUCAAACUGUUUGGUGUGCACUUUGGUGAUUGUACAGAGCCCUUGUUUUGAUCAGAAAUGAAGAGUUAGCUUGAACUGAUGAUACACGUCAAUAGAGUGGUACCUCUCUCUAGUCAGUGUGUAGUUAUCUCUCUUACGUCCCCAAAGUUCAAGUUUAAAUUGAGGACUUUGUUGCUGUCUUCAAUAGUCAUGUAUAUUAUUGCUUAACUUUUACAGAUUUUAGACAAUGGCUUAAAAACAAUUGACAGGUAUUUUGUCAAUUUACAGCAUUCUACAAAAAUAUUUUAUUUGUUUUGAUCAUUAAAAUGUACAGUUCUGGUAGUGGACUCAGGCUUUUGGACCCCACUGUAUGCAAAAAUGGAUGUUUUAGUACAAAGCUGUAUAUAUGUCUGUGUGUAUGUAUAUGCAUAAGUUUAAUGUAUAUAUUUUGUAAAUCAUCUACAAUUGCUUUUUUAUAUAUUUUUUUCCUGAUGUUUUCAUUAAACUGCGAUGGAAUAUGCUGUUUUUUACCAAUGAGGUUUGGAAAGUUAAAAGAAAUAAAAUGAGUAGCAAUGUUUUAGUG